UUGAGUUUUUAUUGAAAGUUAAUUAUUUUGAGGAAAGGUCACGAGACAAGCAUGAGUCGAACCACAUGCUAACUUACUUUCCUCUCUCUCCGGCGCUGGUUACUCAUGUCCUUUUCCCGCCGGAGAAACUCAACAACGGUGUAGAUCAUCAUCCUUUCAGAAUUGUUGAGUGAGUGAGUGAGUGAUACCCUUUGCCUACAACAAUGAAAGCAGGGAAAGUUAAUCAUGAAGAAGAUGAGUACGAUGAUGAUGAGUUUAAUUCUAACAAAAAACAAGCUACUUCCUCUGUCCCUAACACCAACAAAGAUGGGAAAGCUACUGAUAAGGCUAGUGUGAUAAGAUCGAAACAUUCUGUAACGGAGCAGCGGAGAAGAAGCAAGAUAAAUGAGAGAUUCCAAAUAUUGAGGGAUCUCAUACCUCAAUGCGAUCAAAAGAGGGACACAGCUUCGUUCUUAUUAGAGGUGAUUGAGUAUGUUCAGUACUUACAGGAGAGGGUACAAAAAUAUGAAGGCUCAUAUCAAGGUUGGAGUCAAGAACCGUCGAAGUUGAUGCCAUGGAGAAAUAGCCAUUGGCGUGCCCAAAAUUUUGUCGGUCAACCUCCAAUUGUAAAGAAUGGUUCAGGUCCAGUAUUACCAUUUCCCGGAAAGUUUGAUGAAAAUAGUGUUGGUAUCUCUCCAACGAUGCUUAGUGGCUCCCAUAAUAUGAUAGAUCACGAUCCGACUCGGGAUAUUGUCGGCAAGACGGCGGAGAGGCAACCUGAUUUGGCGAGCAAGGGAAUUCCUCUGCCUAUGGCUAUGCAUGCAAACAUGUCUGUUCCUGUCAGAAGUGAUGGUGUACUUUCCCAUCCUCUUCAGGGAACUGUUUCCGAUGCACAAUCAACUGAAUGUCCCACAACGAGUGAACAACUCAACCAGCAGGAUGAUCUUACAGUUGAAGGAGGGACAAUUAGCAUCUCGAGUGUAUACUCCCAAGGGCUGUUGAACAAUCUGACUCAAGCGCUACAGAGUGCUGGGUUAGAUCUGUCAAAGGCCAACAUUUCAGUUCAAAUUGAUCUUGGGAAGCGUGCAAACAAAGAUCCAAGCGGCACAGCCUCAUCUCCCAAGAAUCAUGAUAACCCUCUUUGUUGCAAUCAAUCAUUUGCACAUUUUAGAGAUGGUGGCAAUAGAGAAGACUCAGAUCAAGCUCAAAAAAGAAUGAAAACAUACAAGUGAAUAAUUCAUGUGGCUCUUUUAUGAGCCUACAUUUUCAUCCUCAUUUCUUACUUUGUUUCUCUCCCUUGUUCCUUUGUGGUUACUGUAAAUCCUUCCCCAUUUGUUUGAGCUUAAUUCCUUUCAUGAAGGUUAUUUUAAAGCUGCAAAAUCCUUUACUACAUAAUUAUUUGUGGAGAUGAUUAGGUUUCUGCUCUACUGCUUAUGUCAUCUAUUUUCAUUGUAUCCUUACUAAUUAUGAUUAUGCAGUUUUAUUAAGCUUUUGGGUUGCAAUUUUAUGUAAGUAAUUGGUUAUUUUGUGGGUGUAUCUGGACAAACUAAAUGUGGGCAGUUUUUUAUAUCUAACGCCCGAAAUCUAGGUUUUUAUUUCUCUUUA